UAAGCUAAUUAGGAAGGAAUUAAUCAGAUUCUUCCUCUCAAUUGAAAGCAAUUCUCUUCUCUUUCAGGGUUGAUCGAUAGCUCUGUUUCCUGCUGCAGUUACUGCCAUGGAGUUGGAGAGCUUCAGGGUAGGUCUUACCCCUACAGUCUUCUACAUACCCGGUUUCGUUACUGACCAAGAGCAAACUCAGCUCCUCGAUCAUAUAUAUGGAGGAUCUGGUUCCAAGUGGAAGACGUUAAAGAACAGAAGGUUACAGAACUGGGGUGGUAUGGUCCAUGAAAAGGGUCUUGUUCCACAAGAGUUGCCUUCUUGGCUGACAAAGAUUACCGCGAAAAUUCAUGAAAGCUCGGGUCUGUUCCCUUCUGCUAUAAAUCAUGUCCUCAUCAAUGAAUACCAUCCUGACCAAGGGAUAAUGCCACACCAAGAUGGACCCGCAUAUUUCCCUGUUGUAGGUAUCCUGUCUCUAGGCUCACCUGUCGUUAUGGACUUCAGUCCUCAUUUGAGAUUAAGAUCGUCAGGCGAUGAUGACAUUUCUAGCGAUCAAAGUGGAAAGAGUGGUGUGCCCGAGAGAGAUAAUCAACACUCAUUCUCUGUCUUGAUGAUGCCUCGAAGUCUACUAAUCUUCAAAGAUGAUGCUUACUCAGAUUACCUCCACGGAAUCAGCGAUAGUCCAACACAAUGCUACAAACAGGUCGUGAAUGAAACUGAAGCUUUGGCUUACUCUAGUGGAGAUUCAAGAAAAGAUGGUGACAACAAGAUUCUCCACAGAGACCAAACUCGAGUUUCACUUACCUGCCGUUUAGUCCCCAAAGUCCACAAGAAUCUCUUCAGGUUUUAGAGAAAACAAAACAAUGUAGUUUUCCUGGAAUGUCAUACCGUUUAUGACUGGGAAAACCGUCACGAUUUGUAAACGUGGGAACCGAAAACGGCACGAUUUGUGUUUGUGAAGAGAUAGGAUUAAAUAUGAGCCCUACAUUUUGUUUUUAUUUUCUUGCGGAAGAGAUAAUAACACUAUACAGUCUCA